AUAGUAGAUUCGUCGUUGGUGUCGUCCAGUUUGGUUCUUUUUUCAUUGGCUGGUGCUUUUUUUGCGUUGUCGGUGUCGUCCAGAUGGUGCUUCUUUCGCUGGUUGGUGUCUUGCGUCAUUGGUGGCGUCCU